AUGGCCAGUGGCCCCGUACCUGGCAUGGUCUUGCAACCUAGGGUCAAUAUGAUGAUCAUUUCGGUCGCUCGCCACAAGAUUUCGAUCGAAGACAAUGUCUCUACUUGCCAGCUUCCACUAGAGAGUAUCAACCACGAUCCCAGCCGCCCCAGCAUUUCUCUGUAUGCGUGGCUCAAGCCAGAAGCCCUUGAAAACCUCAAGACAAUGAUCGAGGCCCGCCUACGCAUCUCGCUGGCCCACAUGUCUAUCGUUUGGUACAUGAUCGAGUCCGGUCAACUAGCCACAGUCAACGACAGAGAGUCGCUGUGUGCUGCCAUUAUGGAUCACAUAAACUUCCGCAGACACACGGUCCAGUUACAUCGCCAACAUGCCCAGAAUCUUUCCUCCCAGAUGAAGCAAAGUCGGCCACAAACAAACAACUCGACAGAGAAGACGUUGCGCGGCCCAGUCAAAGAGAGGUGCGAGACGAGGAUAGGCCAUACUCAAAAGUCAGUUGAGCAACAUUCGCAAAUCACUGUCUGA